AUGGUCACAGAUCAAGGUGACUGGAUAAGUACUUUCCUUACGACGUAUUUUGUAUGUUUACCUGAUGAAAUUGUAAUUGAAAUCUUGAACAAUGUUACUUUUGAUCAUCUAGUUAAUUUCUUUAUGCAUUUUCCUGAUUACAAUAUCCAACAACUUACACGUGAGAAUUACAGUAAUGAAGUUCAUUUCGUGAACCGACCAACAGUAACCAAGUCAUAUGGUCGUUCUGGUUACAAACACAGAUUUCUUGAGUUCCAUGGAAAAGAAGCCAUUUUCAGAUUCAUGGACGAAUUCCCUGACCUUGUUCCCAAGCGAAUAAUUCUAUUCAAUGAGUUUGGUAAUUUUGAACCUAUAAGAGACAUAAUGGAAACAUAUCCUGAUAGAAUUGGACAAGUAAAAGAGAUGAAAAUAUCAUUAGAGAAAUGUGAGAUUACAAUUGCUGACUUCCAGUGUUUGACAUCCUUUCCGAAUUUAACCAAAUUGAACUUUUUACGAAUGGAUUUGAAUUUGAUAAGAUCAGUAUUAGUCAAUAAUUCAGAGUUUGCCCAACAUCCUAAGCUUGAUGAAAUAACAUUCUGGCAACAUGGAAUUUAUGACUGGCUGAAUGUUUGGUUUCCUAGAACAUUGAAAAGUCUUGAUUUAUCUUGGAAUAAUAUGAUUGAUAUUUCAACACUACUGAUUCCUGGAACAGUCAGACGGGUUUGUCUCAAUUACUCGAACUUAGAUAGUUUUAAAGUGCUAAAAACUAAGAUUCCUGAUACCUUAACUGAGCUCGGAUUGGUUGGGAAUCAAUUUGAAACCUUAGCACUUAAUCAAUUGCCUACUGAACUACGUUUUUUGGAUUUAUCGAGCAACAAGAUCCUGUCUGUCGUGGGUAGUAAUUGGCCAAAGGAGCUAACCGAAUUACGAAUAAGUGGAAAUAAAUUAGAUAAUGAAGCAUUAGAGUAUAUUAAUGAUAUAAUAGGAUGGCCCCAGAGCAUAACUAAUUUAGAUAUUAGUCUCAACCAAUUCACUCUACUUGAGAAUUUGAGCAAGCUUCCAAAGAGUUUGCAAGUAUUGGAUAUUUCAAAGAAUUCUUUAAUAUGGAAUGAUCCACAACUAAUUAAUUUCCAUUUCCCUGAUCACUUGACCAAGUUAAACUUAUCUGAUUGUGAGAUUGAUAGUGUUCGGUAUUUUCGAUUUCCAUCAUCGCUUGAAAAACUCAUAUUGAAGAGCAAUGAAGAAGAUAUAGGGUCAUGGUAA